AUGAGUCUCCCGAAAACUAUACCGUAUUAUAUCGAUGUUACUAUCUUUCGUGAAUGUGAAGAUCUUCAUUUCGAUAUAUUAAAUCAAAAAAGAACAUUUGAAAUUGAAGCAAUAUCAAAUACGAGUUUUAACAAGGAAGGAGGUUUCUGCAGAAUGAAAUCUCAAGGAACGAUCCCAUCUGUUCCAGGAUCUAUGCAUAUUGGACUUGGUAAAAACUUUGAACAAAAUGGACAGCAUAAACACCAACACAUAACUCUUUAUAACAAAAAUUUAUCGCAUAGAAUCAAUCAAUUUCGUUUUGGCGAGCUUGAAUUAGAUUCUCCACUUCACCAAACAUCAUUAAUGCUACAAAAGCAAGUAUUAUACAUGUUAACAUACCAAGUUAAGUUGGUUCCUGUUAUCGAAAAUGAAAAAAUCGGAUUUCAACUUUUGGCCGAUUUAACUAAGACAAAUAUCGAUAAAAUUCGCUCGAAUGGAAUCCCUGCAAUUCUAUUCGAAUGGGAUUUUUCACCACUUCAACUUACAAAAACAACAGAAAAGACACCUCUUAUUAUUUUGAUUUCCCAUUUACUUGGUGUCUUUGGAAGCUUCUUUAUGUUUGUUAGAUGGUUUGAUUCUUUGGUUUUUGGUUCAAAUACAUUUAAAUAUGUUAAAUUAUAA